AAAAAAAAAAAUAAUAACGAACAUUGACAAAAGGAAUUAAAGGAAGAAACAAGAAUUUUCGUUCGCUAUGAACCUCAAGGGCGUUCUAAUUCUGACAGAGCUGCUGACUCUGCUGGGAACCCUCCUGGCCCGAGUGGCACUAGACUUCACCAACGUCACGGCCCCAGAGCACGUGAGAGCUCUGGAGGAGUUCACCAUCACGGCCUUUCUCGCUGUGCCCUCUACCUCCACCUUCCACCUCAAGAUGAAUCAGUACGCCAUGCAGGGAAUGUCUCACUUAGUAAACAAAUCGAAGCAUCGGUCGGGUGAGCCUGGAGGAACAGAGGUCUCGAUGUUCAACGUGAUGACGGACCAGCAGGACCUGGCCUUCCCCUCCAUCAACGAGAGCCAACUGAGGGCCAAGCUGUCUUCGCUGGACGAGGAACAGUUCGAGUUGAUGAAGCAAGUGUUCAGCGGAAACUACACCGAGACCUUCACCAUUGCUCCGUCAGACAGCGACUUCGAACAGUCACUGCAGGUCAUGUAUGCGCUGAGGACACGGUGGUCGACCGAUCCCGCCCCGGACCCUGAGGUGGACCCCCUGGAGCUGGAGGAAGUGCCCAUAGAAGUGGAACAGAACCUGGAGGCGAUGACGGAGGGCGAGGCCGUGGCGGAAACGGGUAGGGCCUUCCACACCACCGCCUCGCCCUUGCACGUGGCCCCUGAACACCUGCGUCACAUGAUGGACACCGUUUUCACCGUCGGGAGGAACCACGAGACUGAUCCGCUGGACAAGUUAUCGGUCGUCCUUUACAUCACGCAGAAAUUCGAUUCCCUUGGACUCAUGGUCGUGGAUCACGUUUUCUCCGCUGCUGAGUAUAUAUUUUGGUUUGACCAGCCGCUGCAGGGCGUGAAUAUCAUCGGCAUUUUGGCCGGCGAAACCUGGGGCACGGCUGACGACAAGCCGGUAAUUCUCGGGGCACACAUGGACACGGUGCCCGGGACCCCUGGGUUCGACGACAACGGGUCCGGCUUGGCUGCUCUCGUGGAGGCGGCCAGGGUCCUCGCCACGAGCGGCUGCUCCUUCCGGCACUCCAUCAUCUUCGUUGCUUUCGAUCUGGAGGAGCUCGGCACCCAGGGUUCUACGAUGUUCGUGAAGGAUUAUCUCACCGGGAGUAUCAUGGACAAAUUCGGGAUCACGGAAAUCACAGGCGCUUUCAUUGUAGAUUGUAUCGCCAACUGGGAUCCAACACCGGGCAGUCAAGAUUUCCCGCCGACAUGGGCUGCCUACCUUCCCGACAACGCGCGCAGCAUCGAGAGCCACAACUACACGGGGGAUUUUGCUGGAAUCCUUUACCGAUCCCAGGUCGAUGGUCGGUUGGCAUAUACGUUGUCACGUUAUUACAACGACCUCGGCCAUGACCAGUACCGUCUGGAGCUGAUGGGCCUGCAGGAGCUGGGCGCUGAAAUGCCCAACGCGACGAUUCUCAAAAACCACUUCGACUUCAUACGCUCUGACCACGUCCGCUUCUGGUACCUUAACGAUACAGACGACUCGCCGUCCAUGCCUGCCGUGCUUAUUACCGACAUGGGUCCUUAUCGCGGACGCAUGAGACAGUGUUACCAUCUUGCAUGUGAUGACGCAGAGACAGGCUUCAGCGACCUGGGUCUCAUUACGAAGGUCACACAAACAUUGGUCUGGACUAUCGCCGACCUUGCUAAAGGGAGGUGCGGUCCUCGCGGAAGGCUGUCUGUGCCCACGCUUUUCGCACUCAUGGGCAGCACAUCCAGGCAGGAUUUGAACCAGAAAAUGCCUAUCGCCUCCAUCCAGGAUGCCAUGGAGAUCCUGCACUUCCUGGGUCUCCUCCCACCAGUGGAUACACAGCCCACGUGAUAAGAAUCGUCUGCCGUUUGCCCACUUCCCACUGGCUACUUGUUUGUAUAUAUAAUUGUCCAGUAUACUAUAUUUUUUUUUACUCGAUCAGGGAAUUUAAAAAGUAACAAGAGUGAGAAAGCAUCCAGGUGUAAGUUACUGCCUUGUGUAGAGUAAGGUAUAUACACUUAUUAAUAGUAAAUAUAUGAGCGUGCUGCCUAAAUAUAUAUGUAUAUAGAUUUAAGUUUCACAUUGACACUGAUCUUUGCACUUAAUUUGAAUAUAUUCAAUCCAUGGAGCUUCGGGGUCAGUUCUGACUAAAUUGCCAGACCUUGUAUUUGUAAUAAUAGUUAAAUGAAACAUUUACUUCAUUAAUUCAGGAAACUAUUAUUUUUCACUCAGUGCAUGUAAUACCUAUAUAAUACAGCAUAGCUUGUGAACUUAUAUUAAUAGGAAAUAAGGAUUUGCAGCAGAUGAACUCUUGUUUCGAGCAUUCACAAUGCAAACCUUUACUUUUGUUCCAAAGAGGAUUUUUACAAUUGUUAUUAUAGAUAUACCUGCUGGACAGGAUUUUAGAUUUAUGAAUACAUAUAUUGUGUGUAUGUUUACAUAAUUACCAUUCAUACAAUCAAGCACUGCACACCACACAUACUAAUGCACAAAGAAUUUUCUGACUGUAAAUGGUGAGAAAAGUAUACAAAAAUAAUAACUUCACACAGUAUAAUUCAGUGUAUACCUUUUUAUUAAUUUUCAUUGUGAAUACACAGCAUUUCUCAUAUACACUAUUUUUUUUUUUUAAGUUGAACAAUCUACCCAUUUUGUGAAUUUUUUCUUAUAUACUUUCCUCAUCAAACCUUCAGAAAAGGAAAAAAGUGAAGUGAUAUAAUCAUGCAAAGGCACGAAUGAGAGAAUAUGAUUCCACAAUGUAAGACAUGUAACUGAUGUUUUAAUAUAACAUUUCAAGAGCAUUUUACAUAUUUCUAAUGAAGAUGUUAUGCAGCAGACUUAAGAACAUAUCAUGCAAUGUGGAAUUAAUCAUUCUCAGUCAUACUCUUUCUACUUUUGCCUUAUAGACUAAUAUGUCAACAAAUUCUCAUCUGAUGUAAACAGCAUGGAGGAGAAAGAGUACAAAUGAUUAAAUAAAACACACACAAAUUAUGUUACUUUAUUACGUGAUGUUUUACAAUAAAUAGUCAAUCAAUACAA